AUGGAUCUAACAGAAGCAUUUGUGGGCUCUAUUGACCAGGGCACUACCAGUACCCGGUUUCUGGUCUUUAAUCGUGAGGGAGAACCCGUCGCAUCACAUCAGGUCGAGUUUACGCAAAUAUACCCAAACCCAGGGUGGCAUGAACAUGACCCGCUUGAGCUUGUCUCUUCUGUGGAAACAUGUGUCGAAGAAGCUGUCAAACAAUUCGAGAGCAGUGGAAACGAUCGGCAGUGCAUUAAAGCGGUGGGUAUCACCAAUCAACGAGAGACCACAGUGGUUUGGGACUAUGAAACGGGCGAGCCACUCUACAAUGCAAUCGUCUGGACGGAUACCCGGUCACAAGCCGUUGUCGACGAGCUGAAACAGAAAACCGGGGCAUCGCGACUGCAAGAAAUCUGUGGCCUGGCGCUUUCCACCUACUCCUCGUCCUCCAAGCUUCUUUGGAUGCUUUCAAACGUUCCCAAGGUUAGAGAUUCAUAUGAGAAGGGCACACUGGCCUUCGGUACCGUUGAUUCCUGGCUGGUCUAUAGACUCAACGGCGGAAGCAGAGCCAAUGUGUUUGUCUCUGACUCUACCAAUGCAUCGCGAACAAUGUUCAUGAACCUCAAAACUCUGAAGUAUGACAACUUCCUAUUAGAUUUCUUCGGGAUUAAAGGACGAGUGCAUCUACCAAAAAUUGUUCCUUCGUCAGAUGCGACAGCCUAUGGGGCACUUACCUCGGGGAGUCUGGCAGGUGUUCCCAUCAUGGGAUGCUUAGGAGACCAGUCCUCAGCUCUUGUAGGACAAAAGGGUUUCUCUCCGGGAUUGGCCAAAAAUACAUAUGGCACAGGUUGCUUCCUAUUGUACAAUGUUGGAGACAAGCCGGUGAUCUCCAAACAUGGCCUACUCGCAACCAUAGCAUACCAUUUCGACGGACGACCGGUUUACGCUCUUGAAGGGAGCAUUGCAGUUGGCGGCUCAGGAGUGAAGUUCCUCCAAAAUAACCUUGAGUUCUUCAAGGAAUCUAAAGAGGUAAAUGAUCUAGCCCUAACCGUGGAAGACAAUGGCGGCUGCGUUUUCGUCACCGCAUUCAGCGGGCUCUACGCUCCAUAUUGGAUCGAUGAUGCCAAAGGAACCAUCUUUGGAAUCACCCAAUAUACCCAAAAGGGCCAUAUCGCCCGAGCAACUCUCGAAGCCACCUGUUUCCAGACCAAGGCAAUUCUCGACGCUAUGGAGAAAGAUAGUGGUCACGCGUUAUCCGAGCUCGCCGUUGACGGCGGAAUGAGCAACUCUGAUCUUUCCAUGCAGAUCCAAGCCGACCUCAUCUCCAUCCCUGUCUACCGGCCUAAAAUGCGCGAAACCACCGCCCUUGGCGCUGCAAUAGCCGCAGGCCUAGCUGUAGGGCUCUGGCGCAGCUUUGCCGAACUCCGCGAUAUCAACCGCGCCGGUGGCACCGUCUUCCGUCCGCAGAUGAGCAUCGAUAAGAGUCGCGAGCAGUUUGACCUUUGGGAGAAGGCUGUCGGGAUGUGUCAAGGUUGGGUCGGCGAUAAACCACGUCCAGGCGACCAAGAUACUACCCCAAAACAAACCAACGGGCACACAGUGGGUCUGACCAACGGCGGUAGCGGCGUUGUUGAUGCAGCGUCCCCCACGGAGAUCAUUCCAUCGACAAAGAUGAAUGGCGACAUGGUGCUGUCCAAGGCGGCACCGUGGAUUAAUAUCUCGGGGGACCUGGGAGACGCCGACGACCAGGAUUUGUUCCUUGAGUUGAGGAAGCUGGAGAUUUUACAGAGGCUGAAACGGCUGGGGAAGGUGAAAGUUACUUAUCUUUGA